GGAUUUAAUAAGCUUUGCUUCUUCCUACUCCUUUUGGACAUGUGGAACUGGGAACUUAUUAUGGGAUGCACUCAAUUGGAAUCUGAUCCAUUCCAAAAUAAUAAAAAAAAUAAUAAAAAUUUUAAAAAAUUAUUAAAAAACUAAAAUUAUAUUAGGAAAGCAGGAAGUGAACAAAUGUAACAGUUACUGAUUGUAAAAGUACCAGAUGGAGGGGUAGGAUUUAAUAAGCUUUGCUUCUUCCUACUCCUUUUGGACAUGUGGAACUGGGAACUUAUUAUGGGAUGCACUCAAUUGGAAUCUGAUCCAUUCCAAAAUAAUAAAAAUAAUAAUAAUACAAUUUUUAAAAAAUUAUAAAAAAAUUAUAAAAAAAAAAUUAAAUUAUAUUAGGAAAGCAGGAAGUGAACAAAUGUAACAGUUACUGAUUGUAAAAGUACCAGAUGGAGGGGUAGGAUUUAAUAAGCUUUGCUUCUUCCUACUCCUUUUGGACAUGUGGAACUGGGAACUGAUUAUGGGAUGCACUCAAAAUGUAAUAAAACCAUUACCAUUACCAUUACCAUUACCAUUACCAUUACCAUUACAAUGCGCUUGGUGUUAGUGAGGGUUUUGUAACCUUGACCCAGUAUGUCUCUCACAAUUAUCGAAACGACAACUCCUUCUGUUUAACCAGCAUUCAAUUAACAGUCCUCAUCUGAUGGUGUCACAUGGUAGCCAGUUUCAGGAAAACAAAUUAGACAGGAACCAACGCAUAGACAGUAAGAGUGUUGUAAACCAGGAAGUGUCACAUGUGCAUGACCAACAUGCUAUGGCUAAUUGACCUCGUUUGAAAAGGCAUCCUGAUAAAAAACCUUGUCUCAUUUUUCACCGGAUAUCUUCUCUGAGCUUGGCAGAUGUUUUUUGGCUACUCCAGCCCAAGACCGUUUAUGCUUUUUGUUGAGCUGAAAUUCCAAUCGCUACAAUCGGAACUCCCGACUGGCAACCUGGAAAAUGGUCUUAGAGGUGUCCAGCGUUAAUUUUCCUCAACGACCUUCAUCGUUAUCUUUCUCUGGGUCUGGCUUCUUGGCGACCUACCAGUUGGGGGUUGCGCAAUGCUUUCUCCGAAACGCACCUUGGUUGGUGCAGACAGCGCCAUCUAUACUCGGAGCGUCAGCCGGGUCUUUGGUAGCCGCUUGCGUUGCCUGCCAAUUGAACCUGGUAACAAUGCGAAACGAGAUGCUUUACUUUGCCAAAAAAAUGAAAGGUUUCGCACUUGGACCGUUCAGCCCUUCAGUUAAUCUUCUGCACUGGUUAAGAUACGUCUUAAAUAAACAUCUUCCAUCUGAUGCACAUCUUCUCGCAAGUGGACGUCUCGCUGUGGCUCUGACCCGUUUGGAUAACGGCGAACACACGAUCAUAACAGAGUACCACUCCAAAGAUGAUGUCAUACAAGCUCUGCUUUGUAGCUGUUUUGUUCCUGGAUAUUGUGGCAUGCUCCCUCCCUCGUUUAAUGGAGUUUAUUAUAUGGAUGGAGGCUUCAGCGGAAUGCAGCCCGUGCUGUCAUUACCCGACCGCACGUUAACAGUUUCUCCAUUCUCGGGCGAGACGGACAUCUGCCCCGCAGACACACCCUGCAUGUGGGACAUGGUGGUGACCGGACUCACGCUAAAGGGCAACGUCGCCAACGGGCUGAGGUUCUUUAAUGCGCUCUACCCCUUAAAAGUGGCGACUGUGGAGCAAGCCUAUCACAGCGGCUACAAAGAUGCCAUUCAUUUUCUUCUGAGCAACCAGUUUGUCUCCAACAAUACAAUGAAAAGGAUUUCCCAGGAGGUUGGAAAUUACAGUCGCACUGAAACGUCAGCUUUACCGGAAGAGGAAGAGGAAGAGGAGGAUGUGGAUGAGGAAGUGGAGACGACAACAAAGAUGACUUUGACAGAACCUUCUCUCACUUUUGACACAUUAAAGAACGGUUUGCUUUGCACCAGUACAUAUUUAACAAUUUUUUUUAUUUACCAAAAAAAAAAAAAAAUUAUCAUGGAAAGCAGGAAGUGAACAAAUGUAACAGUUACUGAUUGUAAAAGUACCAGAUGGAGGGGUAGGAUUUAAUAAGCUUUGCUUCUUCCUACUCCUUUUGGACACGUGGAACUGGGAACUGAUCAAUUGUAAUCUGAUUCAUAACAAAAAAAAUAAAAAUUAAAAUAAAACGAAAAUAAUUAAAAAUUUAAAAAAAAAUUGAUUAAAAAAAUUAAUUAUAUUAGGAAAGCAGGAGGUGAGCAAAUUUAACACUUACUGAUUGUAAAAGUACCAGAUGGAGGGGUAGGAUUUAAUAAGCUUUGCUUCUUCCUACUCCUUUUGGACAUGUGGAACUGGGAACUUAUUAUGGGAUGCACUCAAUUGGAAUCUGAUCCAUACCAAAAUAAAAACAAAAAAUAAAAUUAAAAAUAAUAAUAAAAAUUAAAAAUGAAAAAAAAAUAAUUAAAAAACUUAAAUUAUAUUAGGAAAGCAGGAGGUGAACAAAUGUAACAGUUACUGAUUGUAAAAGUACCAGAUGGAGGGGUAGGAUUUAAUAAGAUUUGCUUCUCCCCAAUCCUUUUGGACAUGUGGAACUGGGAACUGAUCAAUUGUAAUGUGAUCCAUACCAAAAUAAAAAUAAAAAAAUAUAUAAAACAAAAAUAAUAAAAAUUUUAAAAAAUUAUUAUUUUUUUAAAAUUAUAUUAGGAAAGCAGGAAGUGAACAAAUGUAUCAGUUACUGAUUGUAAAAGUACCAGAUGGAGG